AGUGGGUCAUCAAGACUACAACUGUGUCAUUUUCAGAUUUAUUUUAUUUUGUUGGACUAUUGUUUUAAAUCUUUUGCUAAGGCAUUCUGUUUCAUCUGAGUUCUGUUUCAUCUGAGAUUUCAGACAUCUUCUGGGAAGACAUAUUCAACUGAUUUUUGUGUCAGCCAAGAAGAUGCCCAGGCCUUCACGGAGGUCUGCAGCUGCGAAGCUCAGGUGGGCUAAGCAGCAGGAGAAGAAGUCUGUCAAGCAAGUUGACGUUGGCGUUGUUCUGGCAUCUCCUCAGCCUCCUCCUCGAGAAGGCACCGGGUUCCGUCCUACACCGAAGUACAACCAUGAAGAUGAGAAGACCAAGAGGUACAGAUUGGUCAUGCCGACUAAGAGCCCAGGCAAAAAGGUGGUUCUGUUUGCUGGGGACUCUCAUCUCUGCUCCAUUGUGGACAACAGAGUGCGGUUUCCUGAAGGUCGUCUCUCGUUCGGCUUCUCCUGCAGCCCGGGUGCGAUUGCUGCUGAACUGAAGAAGAGGCUGUUGGCUGAUCGUGAGACGGUAACAAAGGAGCACCACCCAGAACCGGACUUGCUGUGUCUCCUGGCUCCCUCCAACCUUCCUAGUGAGACGACACCCAUCAGCAAGUGUGUUGGUGCGUUUGUGGACCUUCUGAUCUCUGUCACAGAUUCCUGGCGCAAGGUGUGUGUGGUGGAUUUUCCUCCACGUCUGAGUUUUGACGAUGACUUCCAGAGAGCUCUUCAGCGAGAAUAUCAUCGUGCUGCAGCUGAUGCCAAGGUGACGUACCACGUGAUUGCUGACCAGUUUCCAGUAACUGACACCAAACUGUGGGCAAGAGAUGGAACCCAUCUGAGUGAUGAGCAUGGUCUGCCCAUCCUCAUGGACCAGGUGUGGGCAGCCUGCUACACCAAGUUGGAGUGCCCUCCUCCCAGCCCUCCCAAGCUGCCGUUUCCCACCUACGCCAGACCCCGCCGCCGUCCUACUGCUCCUGUGCCUGUGUCUCCUCCAGCCCCUGCUAGACAAGGCACCAGGAAACAGCGCAGUGUACCUUGUGGCAAGGUAUCCGAGGAGUCAUCGCCUGAGACUGCACAGAAACCAUCUCCUGUGAUUGCACUGCAGGUUACAGAGUUUGGCAUCCCAUUGUCCCCUGCGGUGUUCAGCCCUGCCAUGGCUGCAGAGAUGAAGAAGAUCUCUCCCUCCAGCGGUGAAGAACCUGAUGUCAUGGUGGAAAAGACUUCUUCUAUCAAGCGUAGAAAGGCCCAGAAGACCAAGCGCAACGUGAAGCAUCAGAAGGUCGGUGAGCGGCAGGCAUCAACUAGACGAGCAUCCUUUGGAAGCCCUCCAUCUUUUGAGCUCCGCUUGGAUGACCUGCAGACUGACCCAGUGCUGCCGUCACCGUCGGGGGAAAACCUCAGUGGCAUCUUUUUGGACGAGUUGCCUGAGAGUACAUCCCCACGCAGCCCACAAGAUCACCAGUCAAGCUCUGAUUCGGGAAUUAAAUUCUGUGUAUGAUUACAAGCAAAAAAGUCUAUUACGGACAUGGGGCAUUUUCCACCACUGGCCAGCAGGGGCGCAAAGACUCCCCCAAAAAAUAGUUAAAAAAUAAUUACACACACAGGCUUAGUGCGAUCGUGCUGAAAUUUGAAUCACUAAUGCCUGAUCACGGCCUGAAUAUAAUACACUAUAAAACAUAUGAACAGUGAACUCUAUAGCGCCCCCUAGCAUAGACAACAUCAACAUUAUCGGAUUAGCACCAAAUUUGGAAAUAAAAUUCUAUGCAUUAUAUACAAGUCAGCAAGUCUAUUAAGGACAUGGUGCAUUUUCCAAUGUUGGCCAGUAGGGGCGCAAUGACUCCUUAAAAUAUUUAAAGGUGCAUUAUGUAAUGUGGACGAGCUGUUGGCCUGGGCAGU